GUAGGGAAAAUUUUAACCUAGGGUUUGGUUUAUAAACCCUAAAGGGUGGAUUCUGAAGCUUUAGUGCGAGAGCAAAGUCGACGGGCCAAGAUCGAGGCUUCGAGGAGGCAAUCGCAGCGAAUUUCAUUAUGUUGAUGCAGACGUCUGGUGUUUGGUGUCUUGUGCAGCCGAAGCAGAUUCAUGAGAUUAAAGACUUCCUCCUCACUGCGAGGAGGAAGGAUGCACGCUCUGUGAAAAUCAAGAGGAGCAAAGAUGUGGUAAAGUUCAAGGUUCGGUGCUCCACGUACCUUUACACCCUGUGUGUGUUUGACUCUGAGAAGGCUGAUAAGUUGAAGCAAUCACUUCCUCCAGGUUUAAGUGUUCAAGAUGUGUGAUUCUGGCUGCUGUUGACGAAGAUCAGGUUUUGUUUUGGAUUUUGGGAUUCAUAGUUAGCAAAACGGCUGAUUUUUAUUUUACUAUCAAACGUAUUAUUUUUGCUGUUCCUUUUGGGAUCAAUAUGUUUAAGACAAAUCCAAUUAUGUGGCUAGUUGAUUACACCAAUUUAAUUUGACGUCAAAACUUUGAGUCGUUUCUGCA